UCCCGCCCCAAGCGCUCGGGGUCGCCCGCGCGGGCCGCGGUCUCUGUCUGGGACCCCAGCCUCUGGGACGCCGCAUGGGGUUGUUAAGGCGGUGGACGCCGCCGCGGGCCCGGUUAGGACGUGCGAAGCAUCCGAGGCGCGAUACCUCUACCUCAGUAAAAGUGCAUAAAGGCGUACCUCAUUUUAUUGCACUUCACAAAUGUGUUUUAUACAGAUUGAAGGCAAGACGCUUCAAGCAAAAAGAUUACAACUUGCUUUAUUGCGAUACUUUAUUGCCAUCAUCUGGAACUAAACCUGCAAUAUCUCCAAGUUCCUGCCACGUACGGCGGUUGUGAGAAGCAAAUGAGAGUACAUGCGAAGUGUAUGCUCUUCUCCAGAGUGGGCUCUGAAUUGGUCUGGAGCCCGGGCAGGCAGGGCAGGACCCCCUUGGACAGGCUGUCUCAGGGUGUAGCUGUCCCCACGCAGUUGUGUUUCCUGGUGUGCAAGCUGAGCCGGGGGGCUGAAGGCUUCAGGAAACCCUGGCUUAGGGACAUGGAAAUGGCCCUGGGAGAAGAAAAGGCAGAGGUGGAGGCAUCCACAGACACAAAGGCCCCGUCCUGUGGGAGGUGGAGCUGCAGGGAACCCGAGGUAGACACCGCAGGGCCUGUGAGUGGGGAGCAGCCGCCACGCCUGGAAGCUGAGGGGGGACCUGCCUCCCCUGUGUGGGGGGCAGAGGGGCUACCUGCCCCUGCCUGCUGCCCCUCUGGAGCCUGCCAGCCACAGGCCAGCAGUACCCGCGGCGAAACGAUAGCUGGUGCGUGUCAGCAAGCCCGCGGCCACUCGCUUCCUCCUUCCUGCAUGAGGACUGGCGAUCUGCCCUCGGAGGGCAGCCAGAUGGAGACCACGCUUCCUGCAUCAGAGGAGCUACCUCGGACUCUCACUGUUCCCAGAGCUACAGCUCUUUGCUCAGGACAUGAUGCUGAUACUGAAGAGGACCCAUCCCCGGUGGAGUCACCGCGGGUGCUGGACCUCAGCCGGCAGCCGCGCAUCUCAGGUUUCCCCUUCUCGUCCCAGUGGAGCUCCGUGAGGAGCCCAGGCGCCGCUGCGCCUCAGUUUGCCAGCUGCAGCGUCUCUGCCUCAUCGCGGGGCAGCAGUCUGCAGGGUCACCAAGAGAGGGCGGAGCCUCAGAGUCGCCCCCUUGCCAACGUCUCCUCCUCCCUAGAGCUGGCCGUCCCCAAGUCGGCCCCGUCUACGGUGGGGCCAGGGCCUCGGCCCCAGUGGUCUCCACAGCCUGUGUCCUCUGGGCGUGGCGGGAGGCGUCUGUCCUUCCAGGCCGAGUACUGGGCCUGCGUGCUGCCGGAUUCCCUGCCCCCUUCCCCCGACCGCCACUCCCCUCUCUGGAACCCAAACAAAGAGUACGAAGACCUGCUAGACUAUACGUACCCACUUAGGCCCAGGCCUCCGCUCCCCAAGCACCUGGACAGCCGAGUGCUGGCUGACCCCAUUCUGCAGGACUCGGGAGUAGACCUGGAUAGCUUUUCUGUCUCGCCAGCAAGCACCCUGAAGUCACCCACUGACAUCUCCCACAGUUGCCCACCAAUGGAGGCCACUGCCCUGCCCUUCUCCGGGCCGAGAGAGCAAAGCCUUAAACAGUGGCACUCUGGAGUACCCUAUCAGCAGGGCAGUGUGGGGGUGGCAUCUUGUAGCCAGCUCACCUCUACCCCCAGGGCCCCAGGCAGUAAGGACACUCCUUGGGAGAGCCGAGAGCCAGCCCUGACAGGCGUGAAGGACUGGCGACCUGUGGGCAAGCAUCUCAAGGUGGGCUCUCCCCAGCUGAGGACAUGGGACAGAGAGUGGCCCUCGCUCAGGCCAGAGAGAGAGAAGGGGGCCAGCCUGGGUAUCGAGCGCCCUCCUUGCUUAGAGCCUGGGUGGAAACCAGAAGAGGAGCUGGAAAGCGACGACGAGUAUCUUGCCUUGCCCACUCGGCUGACACAGGUUUCUAGCUUGGUUUCGUAUCUAGGUUCCAUUCCCACCUUGACCCUGCCCACUGGGGCUGCUGAAGGGCAGAGCUCCCUGGAUGUGUCGGACAGUGAUGGGCCUGCUUCCCUCCCAUCGGACUCCAGCCAAAGCCAGCUGCCCUCGGGGGCUGCCCUCAGAGGGUCUGGGGACCCUGCCGGCCAGAACCACUGUUUGCUGCGCUCCUGCAUCCAUGCAAGGGACUCCGCAGGGGACGGCAGCCUGGUGAGCAGCCAGGCGCUGGGCGUCUCCUCUGGGCCGCUGAGAACGUGCUCCUCCUUCACAGCUGUGUUGGACCGGCGGCCAUUCGUGGACCCAGAUGCUAAAGGGCUGCCUCCCAGGAGAGGAGGAGAGCAGGGAAGAGAGUCACUUGUGCAGUGUGUGAAGACAUUUUGCUGUCAGCUGGAAGAGCUGAUCCAUUGGCUGUAUAACGUAGCAGACGUCACUGACCACUUGACUCCACCAAAGUCCAGUCUUACAGGUCUCAAGUCUUCUCUGCAGCUUUACCGGCAAUUUAAGAAAGACAUAGCUGAGCACCAGUCCCUGACGGAGAAUGUCUUACAGAAAGGGGAGAUUCUUCUUCAGUGCCUGUUGGAUAACACGCCAGUGUUACAGGACGUCCUCGGGAGGAUCUCAAAGCAGCCCGGCGAGCUGGAGAGCCACGCAGAGCACCUGUAUGACACUAUCUUGGCCUCUCUGGACAUGCUGGCCGGCUGCACCCUCAUCCCUGACAGCACACCAGUGGCGCACAGGAGUGCUGACGUGACUGGGGUUAGUCUGACAUCUUCUCAGACAGAGAUGUAAUCUGUCAGCCAAAACGUGGCUGGUGGGAAACUUUCAGGAAGUCCUUGUGUGACUGAAGGGUGCUUACUCUGGACCUAGCUGUGAAUACCACUGAAGAAUAUCAACACAACUAAUUAUAUCUUCAGCAGUGCUAUAAAAAGUUGAAGACCUCCCUUAAAACUGAACUUGAAAUUGUUUCAGCCUAGGAGGAUGCUGCCAGCAGCAUUUCCAUAAGCAGACAUGGCCAGGUUAGAUUCAAGCAGCCUGGCCGGCCAGUGUGCAUUGGUACACAUUAGCCUUAAGGACAGUGGUGGCCUAUAGUAACAUAAGUGUGGUCAUGAAAUCCCAAGUUUACCUGUCGUAAAAUUUCCUAGUAGUUCCUUUCAAUUAGUAGAAUUUAAGUCCACAGAGAAGUGGCAAUACCAAGAGUUAUACUGGUAGUUUCAAGACCUGGGUUCUUGCUGCAGCUCCAUGGCUAAACUCAUUUGCAAAUGGAGACAAUGUCUGUUUUGAAGCUUAAAUGGGAAGAUAAAAAAGGGCUGGUGUAAAAUAUGCUGCAAUGGCAACAUGUAUGUAUGCUAAAGGAAAUGUCAGUCCAAGGUCAAACAACAAGAACUUCACUGCUCAGACCAGAAUGGCUGUCAUUCUGCAAGGAUUUCCCAGAGACUACACCACUUAAGUUUAGAAUAGCCUUAACUUACGUGAGUUAAAUUUACAGCCAUUUACAGUGAAAAGAUUAUUAAAGCCUGUAGUAGUUUGAAAUGUGUGUACUUGAAAACGGGGGUAGGAAUGGAAAUGUAUUUUUUUCAAAACUGCAUUUAUUGGCAUAUUCAUAAAAGCAAAUGGUAGAGCGUACUGAAACAUCUUGUGGUAAGCCCGUCUUGACUGCAAUGGGAAAGAACACCAGAAUUUUCAAAACUAAGUAUGUACAUAUGCUUACAUCUUAAAUUCAUGUAAUGUGGUUUGUAACCGACGAAUAAGCUGACAGUUUGAACUUGUUGUAUAAAGCUGAAGUGCACGGCAUCACAGUGUCUAACACUUGCUGUCAUUUAUCUACUUUGGUAAACAGUUUCUGAAUUCUUUCCCCCU